GGGAACCACCGCAACGGGGCACAAACCUCCACUUACGCCGUUUUAGAUGAUCGAUUCAUAUAUCAGAUCAAAUUUUCCCUAAAACGUCUUCACGGAGCUCGCAUUUGGAUCCUAUCCGAACUCCCAAGACGAUGAACAAAGAAAAUAUCGGUGUAGGACAACUAUCAGAUGAACAAAAGGCUCGAAUUUCCGCAAAUUUCAGAGCUGCGAAGGCUCUUCUUGAUCGCAAACGCCCCCGAGAUGCCUCCAUGGCCUCCAAUUCUUUUCCUCGAAAAAUCGGGGUUGUGAAGGGGAUUGAAACUCCACCGGUUGUUAGCAGUGUCAAUAGACUGCCUCUUGCAGACAUUUCAGUGAACACUCCCACUCCAUUUAGGGAUCUUAAGUUAAAUCAGAGCGGGUGUCUCAGCAGUUCGCAUUUCAAGGUGCCUUCUGUUGAUAAAAGUAAUGGUGGCUUGUUUGCCAGGACGAGGGGUUUGCCAGAUGAGAAUGAAAAGCCUCUCACUUCGUUUCAGACUCCAAUCCGACAAAUAAAUUAUAGUGAAACUUCAUUUCAAACUCCAGUCAGACAAAUAAAUUGUAAUGGGAGCUCAUGUGCCAAGGGAGUUCCCAUGAGUAGAUUUGACUUCAACCAAGGCUCUCAUAACCCAAAUGAGAAUAAACCAAGCUUAGAUUCAUUCAAAACUCCAAUCAGACCUGUAGAUUGUAAUGCAACUUCAUCCGUAACUCCAGUGAGGCAACAGACAUGUUAUAGUCUUCAAGAGAUCUCCACAAUAAUGCCCACUAUUUUUUAUGAAGAUUUUGAUGAUUCCAUUCUUGCUGAAAUCGAUGAGAUAUGUGAGUCUGAGACAAAGUCCAAGAUAGUAACCGAGGAGUCUAGCUGUGACAUUCAGUUGAAGAAAGCACAUGCUGAAAAGAACAACUAUGAACUUAAAUCCAACUUGAGUCCUGUUGGGCUAGAGAACUUCAAAACUGAUAAUAUCUUGGAGGAAAAUUCUGAGGCUUUGAUAAUUAAAGGCAUGCCUACAGAGUAUGCAAAAUAUAUGCAGUCUUUAAAUGAUAAGCAACGUGAAGCAGCCUCCAGUGACAUUUCAAUACCUUUAAUGAUUGUUGCGGGUCCCGGAAGUGGUAAGACAUCCACCAUGGUUGGGCGAGUUUUAAUGCUUCUUCACAAGGGGAUUGAAGCAUCCAACAUAUUGGCUAUGACAUUCACCACAGCAGCUGCUUCAGAAAUGAGGGACAGGAUUGCAGCAGUGGCUGGAAAGGCAACAGCAAAGGAGCUCAUGAUCAGCACCUUUCAUUCAUUCUCAUUGCAACUGUGUCGAUUACAUGCUGAGAAGGUAGGUCGAACACCAGAGUUUUUGGUGUAUGGACAGGGGCAACAAAGAAAAGCAGUGAUUGAAGCUGUUCGUCUCUCAGAGAGUGGAAAUAAAAUAAAGAUUUCAGAUUCUGAUGACAAACUUUGUGAGGAGUCUAAUGUCAUUAAAAGCUGCCCUGAAGACUUCAGAGAAAAGUCAAAGAAGUGGAUGAAGUUUGUGGCUCAAGCUAAAGCUUCAGGAAAAAGUUAUGAAGAUUGUAAGAAUUCAGGAAAUGCAAUUGGAGCUGCAAUUCUUACAAAAUAUGAGGAAAUAUUACAAUCAUGUAAUGCUUUGGAUUAUCAUGACUUAAUUAUCUACUCCGUCAAGCUGCUUACUGAUUUCCCUGAAGUUUUCAAGGAGUGUCAAGAAUCAUGGCAAGCUAUUGUAGUAGAUGAGUUUCAAGACACAAGUAGCAUGCAAUAUGAUUUAUUAAAACUUCUUGCAUCACAUAAACGCAUAACUAUUGUUGGAGAUGAGGAUCAGUCGAUCUUCAGUUUCAAUGGUGCUAAUGUAAGCGGAUUCAAGUCAUUUCGCAAAGAUUUUCAACCUCACAAGGAGGUCAGAUUAAAUAAGAAUUACCGUUCUACCCGUUGUAUAGUUGAUGCUGCAUCAUUUCUUAUACAAAAUAAUUCAAAAAGAUGUCAGUUAAAUAAGGUUUUGACUGAUAAUUCUUCUGGUUCUAAGAUUAGUGUCAAAGAAUGUUGUAAUGAGGAUGCACAAUGUUCAUUUGUUGUUGACAAAAUAUUAGAACUCACUUCUUCAUCUAUCAAAGGCAGUUUUGGAGAGAUAGCUGUUCUUUACAGGAGACAGGUUUCAGGUAAAGUGUUCCAAACAGCUUUUCGUGAAAGAAAAAUUCCAUUCAAUGUUCAUGGAGUUGCUUUUUAUAGAAAAAAGGUGGUAAGGGCUAUUAUAUCUAUGCUUAGAACAACAUUGGUGGCAUGUGAUGAUGGGUCAUAUAGGCGAGUAUUUAAGGCCCUGUUGCCUCUUGAAAAAGAUGAAAAAAAGAAGGUGAUUGAUCAUAUUAAUAAAGUUUCAACUGUAAGAAAAUGCAGCUUCAUAUCUGCUGCUUCUGAUAUAUUUAGUGCAAAGAUUUCUGGUGUCUUCAAAAGGAGUCACCUCACUCAAGGACGAAAGGUGUUGGUUACUUUAGACAUGAUUUCAAAGCUUGUUCACAGGGAACAAUCCAUUUCAGCUGUCAUCACAUCAGUAGCCAACUAUAUAUUACAGAAGUAUGUUCUUGAGCAACGAGCUGUUCUUGAUGUUGAUGGAGGGAAGUUGCUAAAUGAAGAGCAUGAUCUUAGAUCAGUUCUCCAAUAUUUACUAGAUGAUGUCUCUGAGUUUUUAAAAUCAUACGACUUUGAUUUAGAUGAAAAAGAUAAAGAAGAAAAAGAAAAAGAAAAAGGGUGUGUAAAUGUACUUAAAUCUUUUAUAGAUUUUAUAUCUGAAAGAGAAACAGAAAAUUUUCGUGUGAGGCGACAUGAUAAUGAUCAUGCUGUUACUCUUACUACCAUUCAUCAGUCAAAAGGAUUGGAGUGGGACACUGUCUUCAUAGUAAAGGCAAACGAAUCUGAAAUACCCCUUUUGCAUGAAUAUAACGGUGUCACGAUAGAUAAAUGUGCCUCCCUUGAGGAGGAAAGACGUUUACUAUAUGUGGCAUUAACUCGGGCAAGAAAGAAGCUUUUUAUUCUUUAUGUCACUAUGGAUUCAAAUUGGCAGAUUCUUCGACCUUCACGUUUCCUCAAAGAAAUUCCAACCCAUCUUCUAGAAAUUCAGGACGAGUCUAGUUCUGUUUAUUUACAAGGGAAGAAGCAGGAGAAUAUUCCAAAUAAAAACUCUGGUUUUACUGAUGAUCUGGUAAAAGUAAAAGUAAAACCGGAGACUGAUGAAACAAACAGUAAUUUAUUCGAUCAAGAUUCCAAAGAAUCAAGUGAAAUUAUCUUUCCAUGCAAUGGCAAUGAUUUCUUAAAAAGAUUCAGCAGUGAAGAACGUGCAUAUGUUUCACAUUUAUUCCAUCAAUGGGCCAAAAAAGCAGCAUUCAAGGAACCAAAGAGGUUGCUUAACAAGGUUGCCUUUGUCAUUGAUGAACGACUUAGUGCAAAGAAAUCUGCACAAAAGGAUGUUCUUCGGUCACUGAAGUCAUGCUUGAAGACCAAUGAAGCAUUCCAGUAUGCUGAAAAUAUUCUACAAUGGCUAGAAAUUCCUGCAGACAAGCGUGCAUAUAUUACAAGGGAAAAACAAGAACAUUUUCAAAAGUUAAGGAUUGAAACCGCAAUGGAUACAUCUGAUCCUACCUCUAAGCAGAUUGCAUUCCUACAGAGUUUAGGAUGCACCACAGUCCCAACUUCUCGUCUCCAUGCAUCACGUUUAAUCGAACAGUACAAGUCAUUGUAGCAUGAUUUGUACAAGUCAUUAAAGCAUGUUGCUUUAUUAUGGUAUAAUUAUAUAAGCGUUGUUGGGUUGAAUGAAUUAACGUGAUUUUUCGUUUGAUUUUAUGCAAAUUGCAUGUAAAAAUAUAUAGUUUACGCAAA